GGAGGGAGAGACAGCUCGUCUCGUUUUUCUUCUUCCCGGCUUUCAUUCACUACCUGUUCUGUGGGAUUACCAGGACUUAAAUUUCAAUCAGCUUGCAGCCCCGAUACAUGAGCGACAGAGGUGGCAGACAGAGCGCCGCAGCUGUCCAGACUGAGCCAGGGAACGACCGGCUGGCGGGAAGAGAGAGAGAGAGGGGGGGGGGGGAGCGAGACAGCGCCAGUGAGGGGUUUGAGGUGGGGGGCCGAGAGAGAGCGAUGGGUGUUGUUCCGCCGCCGAGCCCGAGAUAGCGAGCGUGUCAUCGAGAUGAAGAUGUGACGGGCUUCUGUAGUCGUCGGUGGAAUGAUCCGGAAAACGAGGUCUGUGGAUAGCCUGGCUUUCUACCAUGCCUGCCCCCCCAACCCUACACCCCAGCAGACACAGACACCUUCCUCACACAAAUGGCCGCCCUGACCUAAAGACCAAACAUUCUACCUUCCCCGCCCUCCUCCCGGACUCCAUCUUCUCGCUUCCUCAUACCCCGCACCUCAGCUCAUCGGGAGCUUCCAGAAGAACCCUCGCAAACGGCACCACGUUCCUGGCUUGUCACUGGCUGGCCCUGGUCACAUGCUGCCUGCUGCCUUCCCUGAUCGGCGCGGGGGAGACAUGGGGCGUGGUGUCAGCCUGCCCCUUCCACUGCGUGUGCCGGAACCUUUCCGAAUCUCUCAGCACGCUCUGCGCCGACAAAGGGCUCCUGUUUGUACCGCCGCACGUUGACCGGCGCACGGUGGAGCUACGGCUGGCGGACAACUUCAUCACACAGGUGGGAGCGAACGACUUUGUCAACAUGAGUGGAUUGGUCGACUUGACUCUGUCGAGAAACACCAUCCACGUGAUCCGACCCAUGGCCUUUGCCGACCUAGAGAGCCUGCGAUCUUUGCAUCUCGACGGUAACCGACUGACAACAGUCGGCCCCAGGGACUUCACAGGGCUGGUGAAUCUACAACAUUUAAUCAUCAACAACAAUCAGCUGGUCAAAGUGUCAUCGCAGGCGUUUGAUGACUUCUUGCUCAGCUUAGAGGACCUUGACAUGUCCUACAACAAUCUCAGAAGGGUACCCUGGGAGGCCAUUCAGAACAUGGCGAGUCUGCACACUCUGAACCUGGACCACAACCUCAUAGACCACAUAGCGGAGGGAGUGUUUGGAGAGCUCUAUAAGCUGGCCAGGCUGGAUAUGACCUCCAACCGGUUAAGGACCCUGCCGCCUGAUCCUCUCUUUGCAAGGUCUCAGACGGGAGCAAUAAGCCCCACACCCUACAAUGCGGUUAUAAGUCUGAAUUUCGGGGGAAACCCACUGCACUGCAACUGUGAACUGCUGUGGCUCAGGCGGCUUAUUCGAGGAGACGACAUGGAGACCUGCGCCACACCCGCGCACCUGGCUGCAAGGUACUUCUGGUCAAUUCCAGAGGAGGAGUUUACAUGCGAGCCCCCUCUCAUUACCCGCCACACUCACAAGCUGUGGGUUCUAGAAGGCCAGAGGGCUACCCUCAAGUGCCGUGCCAUCGGAGACCCGGAACCCGUGGUGCACUGGGUGUCACCUGACGAUCGGAUCGUCGCCAACUCAUCCCGGACCAGCUCCUUCAACAACGGCACGCUGGAUAUCUUAGUGACGGUGGCGCGGGACGACGGGGCGUACACUUGCAUCGCAAUCAACGCGGCCGGCGAAGCGACCGCCACUGUAGACCUGAAAAUAAUCCCGCUCCCGCACCGAGGCGGGACAGGCGGUAAUAACAAUGGGAACAACAAGAACAGGAACGUGACCAAUGGGAUUUUACGGACUGAUCCGGGAUCCUCGGAUAUUAGCACGGGGAUAAACGGUGUGGGACGCGGCACUGACGCGGAGGAUGGUAAAAAGGACGAGGAAAAGGACGGCAGGAGGGUGCCCGAAGGGGAGAGGGCUGAUGAGGGCAACAUAGAGGAUGGCGACGGGGAGGAAGAAGAAGAAGGGAGGACGGUUGGAGUACAAGGAGUGACGUCCACAUCUGCUCAGAUCCGAUGGGACUUGGGUCGUUCGUCUGAGGCUUACGUGGUGUGGAUGUAUCAGAUACAGUACAACUGCACGGCGGACGAAACCCUCAUCUACAGGAUCCUCCCCUCUACCAGUGACCGCUUCAUGUUGAAGAACUUGGUGUCGGGAGUAGAUUACAACUUGUGCGUGUUAGCCAUUUUUGAUGACUCCAUCACGGCGCUGGCGGCGACCAAAGUGCUGGGCUGCGCCUCCUUCUCCACCAAGGACGUUUACCCGGCAUGCAGCUCCCUGCAGGCUCACUUCCUGGGAGGGACGCUCACCAUCUUGGUCGGAGGCGUGGUGGUCGUCACACUCCUCGUGUUUACUGUUGCGCUAAUGGUUCGCCAUCGCGUCUGCAACCACGUCGACCACAUAAUUUGUCACAACAGCAACGCAGAGGCAGGAGUCGGGGUUUGUGGUCAGGGCGGAGGCGUGGUGGCUCGGGACAAAGGAGGGGAAAGAGGUGGGUGCUACCAGUCCAACGGUUCUGGGGACAUGAUGAUGGUGGUCCUACCUAAUGGCCUGCCCUCCAAGAGAACGGAGGACAAGGAAAAGGAGGCGGCUGAUUCCGCUUCGGCUCAUCCGCCGAAAGUCCCCCCGAAGCCCAGAAUCAAGCCUAAGGUCAACCUGGAGCAGUUUCUUUCCGCCGGGGGCGUGGUAUCCACCAUGGCGGGAGCAGGAGGGGAGAUGGCCCUGGUGGUGCGGCAGAGGAAGCUGGACAAGGCCCUGGAGUUUACUUCUGAAAGUGACAGAACUCCGCUCUACUAUUCCCCCUCCAUCUCAUCCACCCUGCCUCGCCAGUCACGCUCCAGGGAAUACCCAAGACCCCGUCUGGAGCGAGAGCUGACCAAUCAUGCCAGCUUCUCCUUGGCAACGCCCCUAAGAGACUCUGACCUGCUGGACUGGAGGAUAACAUCCACCAGCAGGGACAAAUGGAACUCCUCUCAGGCUUAUCAGAGCCCUGUUUCACCUCUUAGCCCCUGUGGGGCCGUCAGCAAGCGGCGACACUCACUGGACAUGGGCUCCUCUGUUGCCCUAGCAACCGAUGCGGCCACAACCGUUGCCAAACGCUACGGCGCUGUCAGCUACGCCAAAAGGCUGAGCGUGAUCUGGACCAGGCGGAGCCAGUCUCUUCAUGGGAUGCUGGUGCAGUGCGCCUCCACCACAAGCACCGCCUCCUCAAACACCAGCGAGGAGGGCGAAAGCGGCGCAGGAUUUGGGGCGCAUUGCGAGUUCCAGCGCGGAUACAUCCACGCUUAUAACACCACCAACUCCAACUCUAACACCGAGGUUGUCGCUGGCAGAGCUAUAAAAGACAGGGCCAGGGACAAAGCAAAGGAUGGACAAAGUGCCGAAGAGCUGGAGGAAAGUGUCGUGUAGAACGUCUGUAGGAGAAGGUUGGAGUGGUCGUAGUUAGGAGAAGAAAUGAAGACUGCAAAUGACAGAUGAAGGAUUGUAGCUAAAUAAGGGGAACAAGAUCACGUUCAAUAACCAAGAAUAGAGAGAUUUGACAAUGAAUAGCCUGAGGGGGGUUAUCCUCAAAGAGAGUCAGACACACAAGCAAAGAUUUUCCGAGUAAAUAGAUAGAGGACGGGAACAAAGCACUAGAUAAGGUUAAAGGGGAACAUUAUCACAAUUUCAGAAUUGUUAAAACCAUUAAAAAUCAGUUCCCAGUGGUUUAUUAUAUUUUUCGAAGUUUUUUUUCAAAAUUUUACCCAUCACGCAAUAUCCCUAAAAAAAGCUUCAAAGUGCCUGAUUUUAACCACCCGUCCAUUUUCCUGUGACGUCACAUAGUGAAGCCAACACAAACAAACAUGGCGGAAAAAUCUGCAAGCUAUAGCGACAUUAGCUCGGAUUCAGACUCGGAUUUCAGCGGCUUAAGCGAUUCAACAGAUUACGCAUGUAUUGAAACGGAUGGUUGUAGUGUGGAGGCAGGUAGCAAAAACGAAAUUGAAGAAGAAACUGAAGCUAUUGAGCCAUAUCGGUUUGAACCGUAUGCAAGCGAAAUCGACGAAAACGACACGACAGCCAGCGACACGAGAGAAAGCGAGGACGAAUUUGGCGAUCGCCUUCUAACCAACUAUUGGUAUGUGUUUGUUUGGCAUUAAAGGAAACUAACAACUAUGAACUAGGUUUACAGCAUAUGAAAUACAUUUGCCAACAACAUGCACUUUGAGAGUGCAGACAGCCCAAUUUUCAUCAAUUAAUAUAUUCUGUAGACAUACCCUCAUCCGCGCUCUUUUCCUGAAAGCUGAUCUGUCCAGUUUUGGAGUUGAUGUCAGCAGGCCAGGGAAGUUAGGGUCGAUAGCUCGCUCGUCUGCGGGAACAAACUGCCGCCAUUGCUUGCCGUGCUAGCGAGGUCCUUUGUCCCUGAAUUGCUCACACACUCCGGCAGAUUCAAUGGGGGUCUGGCGGCAGAUUUCUUUGACUUUAUCGUUGGAAAUGCAUCUGCUUUGAGUGUCGCAGGAUAUCCACACAUUCUUGCCAUCUCUGUCGUAGCAUAGCUUCCGUCGGUAAAGUGUGCGGAACAAACGUCCAAUUUCUUGCCACUUUCGCAUCUUUGGGCCACUGGUGCAACUUGAAUCCGUCCCUGUUCGUGUUGUUACACCCUCCGACAACACAUCGACGAGGCAUGAUGUCUCCAAGGUACGGAAAACAGUCGAAAAAACGGAAAAUAACAGAGCUGUUUUGACCCGGUGUUUGAGAAAAUGGUGGAUUGCUUCCUGAGAGCGAAUAUUAGAAAGGCGUUUAAUUCGCCAAAAUUCACCCAUUUAGAGUUCGGAAAUCGGUUAAAAAAAUAUAUGGUCUUUUUUCUGCAACAUCAAGGUAUAUAUUGACGCUUACAUAGGUCUGGUGAUAAUGUUCCCCUUUAAGAACUCAGCGUGGAUCCCAGCAAAUCCUCAACACUCGUAGAAGCAGCCUCAACCCACACAACAACACCCGGCCUUGCACUGGAUCAAGGACCAUCACCGGCACUGCAGGGAGGACGGCAAACUACAUUUGGAUGUGGCAUCGACUUAGUCAAUGUGUUUUUUUGUUUUUUUUAGUGACUCAGCUAAACGCAAUGAAUGUGACUUCUGUGUGUCCUCUGUGUCUGACCAUGCCUCUGGAUUAUAGGAGCAUAAAUACAGAGCUGGCCGCGAUCAAUCGAAGUGCGCUGGCGGCGCCGCAGUGGAGCACGGACAUUAUUAAACGACACCCGGAUUACAAUGGAGUCGAUAUGGAUUACAAAAUAGUGGAGGUGUGUGAUGGAAAGUUUCCAUGCUGCUUAAUGGUGUGCAUGCGAUGACCGGACCAGGGAGCGGAUGUGUGUGUUUGUGUAGGGUGUUUUCCAGUCGACUGUUCCUGUUACAUAUGUUUUUAAAUGUUUUGGCAAGGCGCUGGGAACAAGGACGAUUCCGUUAAUCAAAGGCUCAAGAGUUGAAAGACAUAAUUAUUUAUUAUUUUUGCAGUUUGGACUGAAAGCAACAAUGUCCACUGAGAUGGUUUUUUUUCUUAGAGUGACUUCAUUCGUGCCACAGGAAUUGUCUUUCUAUCAAACCGUGAAUGUUUUCAGAAAGGAUGCACUAUAAAGAGGACACAGACAUCUUGAGCUAGGUUGGGACUUCAAAGCAUUAAAGUGGGACAACAAAACAAGAUGAUCUCCUAACUCCAAUCAAAAGAGUACAUAUAUAUAGUAUAUAAAUAUACUGUAUAUAUCUACGCAGACUACAAUAAUUGUAUUUGUCGCACUGUGUGUUUCAGUUCUUCAGACUUUUCUGGCAAAGAUGUUAGGCAAAACAACAAAAAAAUAGAGACAAUGUGAUUUAUCAUUUUUCAUUUUGGGGGAAAUGUACAAUUGGUGAUGAGUAGGCAUAAAAUAAAGUUAUAAAGCACACAAAGCACAAACACAAGCCUAUGAAAAUGACGUAUUACAUAAAUAAUGAAACAUUACUGUUGUUCCCUUACUAUUUUUUUUUUUAAAUUUUGCCAAAGUUAAUAUUGUUCUCUUGACAUGAUAUGAAUAAAAAAAUACAUGUAUGUAA